AUGAACAUCACUACUAUACAUUCCUCGAAUUCCUCACAGCCUCUAAAGCCUCACUUCAGUAAGCAUGCAGUUCGAGCCGCCCACCAAGUGACGGUCAACAUGACUGAUGGUGACAACAGCACUCAGGGUGUCGACGCUAAUGGCAUUAUGACUGGUCGUUGGAAGACUGGACUCUUCGGCUUCACAGACUCGAUUGUGCCCAAUGGUGUCAUGUCUUGCUGCUGUCCUGGACUCGUGGUGGCUCAAAUCUCGGCUCGUCUUGGCCUGAUGCCGUUCUACCACGUGCUCGGCUUCUUCGGAUGCCUCUACGGUUUGCAUCUUAUCGCGUUGCUCACUCACAGUUGCUUCUUCGACUUUCUCUCCUGGCUGUGCGCUGUUAUCUCGGCGCUAUGCAUUAUGCGGUUGCGCUGGCAAAUCCGAACGCUCUUUAGCAUCCCCGGCUCGCGCGCUGAGGACGCCGCUUUCAGCUUCUGCUGCGGCUGCUGCUCAGUCGGGCAGAUGGCCUCGCAAGUCGAGUCGUACGAACCCGGCUUCUUUAACUUCGCACCGCGUGCCACACUCCCGGGCUACUCGCUGAGCUAGGUGCUCUACCGGUAGGAUACCAUCUUGAGGUGU